ACACUGUCAUAUCUGCAUAUAAAUUUGAUUGAUUAAUAAAUAUAAGGAAAUUCUGAAAUAAAAUUGGCAACUAUGCGGAACAAGCGAGGUGUGCAACACAAAUAGUUUUUAAUUCAGAAGGUGAUAUCAAUUUAUAGAUGUACAUUUAUUUAUUUAUUUUUAGCUCCGGAGUGACAAACCGGAUUGUUGUUGGGAUGUAAACAAAUCCCCGUGGCGAAAAUUUCGAGAUUGAAUUGAUUUCUUGACGGUGGAAGAUCUAGCAUGGGAUGGAAGCAACCGAGUUAUUUAUGAAAAUAUGUGGAGAUGAAUACUAAAAUUAUUACUCAUGGUGAACCAGGGAAAUUACUAGGCAACACAAGAAGAAAUUGUCCAUAUCAGGUUCCAAAAUUGUUCAGUGACAUGGAAGAUGCUGACUACUAUAUACAGGCAGCCAAACGACUACAGAAGAAAAACAACGGAUACAAAUUAAAAAUUAUAGUUAUUCCGUGGUAUUCAUGUGUUAUGUCUGUUAUUUCAAAUAAACUUGGGAAAUGGCCAAUGGGCCGGUCUAGUCAUUUUUGUCAAUAA